AUGUACGUACACAUUGAUAUCAUUCGCCUCAUACUUUUGAAGUUGAAGGUAGAAGCUCUCAUCCGAUGUCAAUGCGUAUGCAAAGAAUGGCGUUCCAUAAUACAAGACCCCGAUUUCAAGCUCUCCUACCCCGGGCCAAGGCGGGUGCUGGCGGCGGCAUCGGGCGGUACCUUAACAUUUACAUCCAUAACCACCAGUAGUCUCCACACCAAAACCCUAUUCCAUGUCAGUGAGAACCGCUCCUCCCUUGACACGUUUCCCCCGAUAUAUCGUUGGUUGUCUGGUGUUUGGUGUUCGUGCAACGGGUUGGUGCUUUUCUCGGUGGGAAAACAUAUUUUGUUGUGGAACCCCUCCACUCGCUGCUGCACAAAAGUGCUUGAGCUUCCACAUCUGAGCAACACGUUCCCUGACGAUGUUGUCUCGGGGCUAUGUUACCUCUCGUCCACGGGAGAUUACAAGGCUGUUCUGUUAUUUCGGUUUGGCGGUAAUCGCACUGCUAUGGUUGCGAGCCUCAAGAACAAAGAGUGGCGAAAAGUGCCGUUUCCUUACGACCCAUACUCCGCUAGAGACGGGGUUAACUUUCACGACACACUCCAUUGGAGGGUAAAUGGUUCUAGGAAUAUCGCUUUCCCGUGGAGAUGUAAAAAGGUCAUUUAUUUCCAGGCCGAGAGCGAUGAAUUCAAAGAGCUUCCCACCCCUGAACUGCACGGAUGGAAAAGUGCAAUUCUUGGCCUGGGAAUCAUGGACGGGUGUCUCUGCAUGGUUCAUGAGGGGGAAGAAAGAGGGGAGAAAAAAGUGUUGGUUAUGAAGGAAUAUGGAGUGAAGAAAUCGUGGGUUUGUCAGUUUGUCAUCUCUGCAUCUGCCUUUGCCUCUGAACUAUUCAGUUUUGAGCAUAGUUACAUCACAUUAUACUCUUCCAAAUGCAACACCAAAGUGCUGAUAUGCAACUGUUUCUGUUUCUAUGGUUCCUGGGAAAUAUUAGUUUAUGAUGUGAAGAAUAACAAAACUGACAAUUAUUUCUCACAAGAAUCAGAACAUCCUCAUGCAGCUGCUAUAUGUUCCUAUGUUCAAAGUUUUGUUUCGCCACAUGAAUUUAUUUGGAGAGAUGAUCAGCACAAACUCACGGAGAAUGAUAGUGUGUUGAGAUUUAUUUUAGAAAGGUUUAAUAUAUGA